AUGUCCAAAAUCUGGGAUCCCCUGGCUGAUAUGCCAGAUCUGCAAGGCAAAAUUGCCCUCGUCACGGGCGGGAAUGCCGGCAUCGGCUAUGCAACAGUCAAAUUCCUUGCCCUUGGCGGCGCCAAAGUCUACCUCGCGGCACGAUCUGAAUCGAGGGCAAUAGCGGCCAUCCGACGUCUUUGUACUGAAAAUCCCGCCAUCAAGGGCGAUCGGAUUGUAUGGCUGCCGCUUGACUUGAGUGACCCGAAGGCUGUUAUCAAAGCCGUCGAUGAGAUGAAAAGAAAAGAAGAGAAGCUAGAUAUUCUCAUUAACAAUGCCGGGAUCGGGUUAAGUGACUUCCAAGUGAAUGACGCCGGAUGGGAAAUGGUCAUGGCUGUGUGCCACGUCGGCCACUUUGUUCUCACCCUAGGACUCCUUCCCCUUCUUAAGAAGGCAACAAGCGAAGAGGACGCCGAUGUUCGUGUCUUGACGGUAUCUUCCAUCAUCACCACCGCUCUGGUCCCUCUAGACUUCGAUUUUGGUUUCGACUCGCCCACGUUUCUCACCGAUCACAAGACCUUCACCUCGUUACAAUGGAAGAUCUUGAGUAAACUCGUGGUUAAAGUCGACAUGCCGCGCGAUGCCAUGGCAAAGACUGCCAAUGUACUCUUCGCCCAGGAGCUCCAGCGCCUUCUCGACGCCAAGGGCAUCCCGAUCUUAUCAAUGUCGCUCCACCCGGGCGGAGUCGGCACUGAAGGUGCCAGGGCCGUCUUCACUAACUUGGUAAAACCCUUGAUUUGGCUGAAUUCCAUAACGACCGAUCAGGGAGCUGUCACGUCGCUGUUUGCCGCCACGGCCAAGGUCGUCCGGGAAAAUGAGGAUAUGUACGGGGGGAAGUACCUGUUGCCGUUUGGAGAGGUUAGCCCAACACACCCCGUCACGAAGGAUGAGAGGCAGCCCAACUUCUUGCUCAGUCGCGCCGUCCUCCUUUGCGGCCUUGCAGGAAGCAAGUUAGGCGGUGCACCGCGGGGUUUCUCUGUGAGCUUGUCGGACCGACAUGGCCAGGCGCAGACUCUGAAGAAAAGUCUGGUCGGUAGAGGCGUCAUUGCCCCCUCUGCUCGGCCCGGCCCGAUCCGUAGUAAGACACAGCCAAUGUUCUAA